CGCCGGAUCCCCUGCGGGAGUGGCUAAGGGGCGGGUCUGUCCGCAACUGGAGCACUGGUAACGCGGCCAGAUCGGGAGGAGCCACGCGUCGCGAUGUGAUGACGUCAGGCCACGGGCCGAGCUUGGCGAGUUUGACGUGCGCUGCAGCGUGUGGGCGUUUUGGUCCCAGCUCUUGAGCUGAGGCUGAGAUUUCCUUCAAACCCGGAAUGUUACCGCCUGUUGUAACUGGAGAUGAGGAUGAGGAAGAGGAACCAGCCGAGGAGGAUUGUCCUGAAUUGGUUCCCAUUGAGACGAAGCAAAGACAGGAAGAGGAAAAGCUUGGCCCCGGCGCCAAGAUCCCAGUCACCAUCAUCACCGGGUAUUUAGGUGCUGGAAAGACAACACUACUGAACUACAUUUUAACUGAGCAACACAGUAAAAGAAUAGCAGUUAUUUUAAAUGAAUUUGGUGAAGGAAGUGCACUAGAAAAAUCCUUAGCUGUAAGUCAAGGUGGAGAGCUCUCUGAAGCAUGGCUGGAACUUGGAAAUGGUUGCCUCUGCUGUUCAGUGAAGGAUAGUGGCCUUAGGGCUAUUGAGAAUUUGAUGCAGAAGAAGGGGAAAUUUGAUUACAUUCUGUUAGAGACCACUGGAUUAGCUGAUCCUGGAAGAGGAGGCACUGCCAUCCCAGGUUCCCGAGUGACCACGUGGAACGAAGGUAUUACUGGCCUUCUACUCACCACCCACACACUCUGGACUGCUAAGAAACAAAACAGCGUUUGCUCAGCAUGUGCAAGAUGCUGAACUCAGUUUCCAGCACUGCAAAAAACAACAAAAGACAGAAACUUCUUGUCCUUUAAGUCAGUGGUUUUUCACAAUGUGUCCCCUGGCCGGUUUCCACAUCAUCAAUGAAAUUAAAUGUUUUGGGCUCCACUCAAGACUCACCUAGUCAGAAACAUCAGGGCAGGGUACAUUAUCCGUGUUUACCCAGGUCUCCCACAUGAUUCUGAUACACAUUUAACUCUGAGAACCACUGGAUUUGGGAGUCUACUUGUUUUAGCAGUUAACCUGCCUCUACUCCAUGACUAUUAAUAUUUAUUCUGAGAUACAUGUUUCCUUCAAUAUAGAACAGUUAUGGGUAAAGACUGGCUUUGCUACUGUUGUCUUCCUCUGAGAAUCACAGAAUGAUUAAAUAUUAAAACACUCAUAGAGAAGUCUUCGGCCUCUGGAUUUUUUUUUUUUUUUUAAUGAAGAAUGCUUUAUAGUUGGUGAGGUCUUCACACUGUGAUCAAUUUAGAUCUCUGAUGCCUGCAUUUACUAUGAGCCUAUUUUGCCUCAGUGCAAAAAACUUUGAAAUUGAGGGGACAUCAUAUACACAUCCCAGCUGGUUAAAAAUUGAUUUAAAUUAUUUACGUAUAACCCCAUGUGUCAUCUAUUUUGUUUUCUUUCUCUAUCCCUACCAGGUCAUCACCCCCAGACCUUUUCCUUAAAAUUUUCUCAAGCAGCAUAAAUUACUAAUACUUCCAAAUUAUUUCCUC